AUGUUUGAGCUUGGUUUUUGGCCAUCCGUAGUUGCAAUUUCCUUCUCCCUGCGACUCUCUUCUUUCUACCUCCUGGUCUCCCCGCUGCUGGCGCUCAAGGCAUCACUGGGAGUGACGUUCACCUCGUGGGCAGCAAGUGUGCCGUGCCAAGUGGUUGGCAAGCAGGCUGCUGCACAGACCACGUGGUCCGGUGUGCUCUGUGGCUAUACCGGGGACGUGCUCUACAUCUCGGUGGCACGUCAGAGUCUAAAGGGGUCUAUUCCUACGGACAUCUCCAAGCUCACCGCGCUCACUUACCUCUUCUUCAACAACAACUGGUUUGCGGGAACCAUUCCCUCCUUCAUCGCCUCCCUGCCACAGCUUACCACCCUAGGCCUCUUCUCCAACUACCUCACGGGCACCAUGCCCACCCUCUCGACCUCCCUGAUCGCUCUGGACGUGGGCUUUAACUUCCUCUCGGGCUCCUUCCCCAAUCUCUCCCUCGCGGUCUGUGCGGCCGACCAGAACUGCUUCCUCGGCUCCUCCUACUGCCACACCUACAGCUCGCUGCAGCGCCCCGCCACUGCCUGCGCCAUCUGCGGCACAACCAACGGGCAGGGAACGCUGUGCUCUGGUGCACUUUGCUCCGCCAACAGCUCUGUGCCAGUCAGCCAGGGAAUCGUCAACGUCCCCUCGCUGCCGCCGGUGUCCCUGACUUGCCGGGGGUAUGCUCCUCUAGUCCUCAUGAACGCUGCCUCAGGUGGACCUUCUCUCUCAACGCCAUCACCCAUGCCCCUCCUACUCUCGUACUGCACUCUCACUUAUUUCCUACUCACCCGCGCAUUCGUCUUCCUCUCCCACAUUCCCUCUUUCAACCCCUCCAAAUCGUGA